CUUUCAUGAGAACCCAACUUCACGCAUAACUCUGAAAUACUAGAGGGAAGCAAUUUUUUUAUCAUGAAAAAAAAGAGGAAUUCGUCGACUUCAGUGUUUUUCUCUCAAUCCUCCAACAGAAUCGAGGUGAUACGUUUCUAAUUUCUUCUCUACUGUGUCUGCAUUAAGUUGUUGUCUACACUCCGACCAAAUUUCUUCAUAAUUAACCCCAAAACAUCCUCACACCCCAUCAACACCCCACAAUUCACAGCUCUGGAAUGGUGUCAGCGUCGGUAGCUGCAGUGAUACGAGGAUGUAGUACAAGUUAACAACAAUUUGUGAAGGAGAUAAGUCUCCCCCGAUAAUUAAUAAUUAAUGGAGAUGAGUGUUGCUGAGGAGAGGUUUAAGACCCGAGAGAGAGGGGCCAGAAGGUCUCGGGGGCAGUGCAAACUGAGUGACAAUGACACAAUGACACUAGAGGAGACUUUGCUCUCUUUCAACUGCCCCAUUGGCCAAGAGCAAGCCUGGGCUGUCUGCCAUCAGACAGCGAAAUCCCUGUCCCAACUUCCCUCGAAUCGUCUGCAGGCGAUCAACGGCCUCACCCAAAUACUCCUCCACAAAGAAGGACACAUCCUCCUGGAGCUUCCUGAGGACUCACAGACGGAGUAUGUCUCCGAGAAGAAGGUUAUUCUCUCCCUGGGAGUCCUCAUUUAUCAGGCCUUGGACUUUGGACUUGAUCAGAAGGAGGAGAGACUUCUGGCUCUCGAUCUCAAGGACUUGAUGAAUCUCAUGGGGAGCUGUCUCGAGAGUUAUGAGAGCGACGAACGACUCCAGGAGACUGAUGACGAAGGCAUCGGCAGGGAUUCCGAGGUCGAGCUGGAUGAGGAUAAUGGGUCAUACAGCAUCAACAGGGAUGAUUACUUGAGCUUGAAGCACAUUAUUCAAAUAUGCGCUAGACAUAUUCAGGGAACUGACGAACAAGCAGACACUCAUUAUCGCGCUGUAAUCAGAGCAUUUGUUCACGAAGCCCUUGAGCUCUCCCAGUUCCUCGAGAAAGUCGGUGGUGAACGGUUCCAGGCGAAUCUGAGAAACUUGCCGAACACGGAACGGUAUGGAGUGUCAUCACAGCAUCUGGAUACCAUGGACUUCGAUGAUUGGACCGACAUUCGGAUUUGGAGGGCUAUUCAGGCACGAUUUUGGGUGCAAGUUAUCGGUGAACUUCGCCACGGUAUAAAGCUCAAAAAAGUCGAGGAGAAUCUCAAAAAACGGGGCAGGGUGAAAGACACUGGUGCAGAAUUCGAAUUAACGCCUUAUGAAAUUCUUAUGGACGACAUAAGAGAGCGGAGAUACAACUUAAAAAAAACAUCUGGACCUGUUCGUAAUGUGAGGAAAGACGCCCGUGCAGUAGUUCUGGAAUUCAUUCGUAGCAGGCCACCAUUGAAGAAGGCAUCAGACAGGCAGCUCGCUCCUCGCAAGAAAGAAUCGGCAAUCCGAGAAUUGCUGAUGGAGAGUAUAAAAAAGCCACCGAGACCACUGAGAUCCUGUAGAGAACGUCUACUGAAGGAGCAGAAAAUGAUUGAUCUCUCUCAAACAAGCUCAAUCACCGACAGCACAAAGCCCGAUCCCUCAACGGCCCCGAAGAAACUGAUUCCUGUCGACUUCGAUCUGAAGCUCGACGGUGAGGAGGACUCGGAUUCGGACGACGAUCCUGAUGACGUCUACGCAGUGACGCGUUUCGAGGACGAUAAGGAUAGCCACCAGCAGCAGUGUUGCCACAGGGAGGACGAAGACGAGGACAAGGGAUCGGCCAAUCCCUGGAAGAAGACUGGAGGCCUCCGUCUGACUAGAAACGAGUACCAUCGCUUCUGUGACGCACAGCUUGAGUCAUACGACUUGGCGACACAAUGUCCCUCACGACGUGCCUCUGUCCGUAAACACAGGGGCCCCAGGAAUAUUGCACCCUCGUUCAUCCCCUUGGGGACCUGUUCCGUUCCUCACUCGCGUCCCCAGAGUAGAAUCAGUGGUGUCGGUGAGGGCAUGAAGAUGAGCCUCUCACCGUCACCUAACAUAUCGCCGAGCAUGAGUCCUAGACCCAGGGAGAGGACCCUGUUGAAGGCUCAUACCACUGUCGAUCCUGACUAUAAUCCCCCUCAGGAGAAGAAACCAUCGCUGGGGGAUAUGCUGCUGGAUGAGAGAUUAUCGUUGACACUUGAGGAAAUUGUUCACAUAAGGAGUGUCCUAACGAAGGCUGAACUCGAGUCACUGCCGGUUGAGGGACGCGUCAAGGAGGAUGUGGAGAAGAGACGAGUCUGCUUUCUGUGUCUCAAGACCAGGUUUGGAUUGCUGGGACCCUGGGGGCAGAGAUGUAGACUCUGCGAGAGGACAGUGUGUGUAAAAUGUUAUUCAAAAAUGAGGAUACCCACCGAGCAUUUUGCUCACGUCCCAGUGGUACUGCUCUCUCCAGGUCUAUUGAUGUCGCCGGGAUCGGAGGACUCUAGUAGGGGUUGGCCGAGGCCAGGAGGUGCAGUGGGCUCUGCUCCGGCAUCACCAGCCCACCGAAGGAGGGAUAAUUUGAGCAAUCACUCGGGCACACCACUGUCAACACCCAAUCCUGCCACACCUGCUGAGGGUUUGACUCCCAGGGACGAGGGUACCGAGAGAAUAAAGUAUCCCAGAGUUGGGGGGAGCCCCAGCAGAAUGACCACCAGUGCCACUGGAAGUCUUGGCGUCGCUGGAAACGAAAGACUUGUCGCUGAGAGGAUGAAGGGGGUCUCCAUGGUGGUUUGCCACGACUGCAGAAUCAUGGUCAUUCAGAUCAUCAAGAGCUCCAGGAGCACCAGAGCUACUAUACGCAACAAUGUCAUCUCACGACUCACACUCAAUUUAUCACCUGCGUAUGUUUAAAGGGGUGGGAACGGUUGAGGAGGGAGAGAAGUGGUGAAAUGGAGGAUUUAAAGGGAGUAAAAGAGUUUGCGUUAAUUGUUAGUGUUUGACAUGGUUAAUGAAUGUCUGCAAGUCUAAGGAGUUGCCAAAUUUUUUAGUAAGGAAUUUUUUUGUAGCGCACAAUUUAAUCUACAAAAGAGGUCAUUAUGAAAAUUUCUUCAUCUCCCUCAGACUUUGAGAAAUUCAUUGAAUAGGCAAGCGUUAAAAUUAACUUGAAGGGUUUUACUGCUUCGCUAAUGAAAACCCGAAUUAUUCUAGUCAUCACACGUGCGGAAAAAGGACAGACAAAUUAGGGAUCUGUUUGAGACCGCCUUGAAUUUCGACUGGAAAAACUUGCAUGAAGAUGAGUUUUUUCGAAUUCUAUUGAAACAUUCUUCAGUUAAAAAUUGGAAGAUAUAUUGUCUGGAUGCUUUUUUUAUAUAAUUGUCAAUCAAAAAAUUCAGCUUUCAACGCCAAUUUUUGAAUUUGUUAAACGUUUGAUAAUUUAUUGUUCAUUAAUGAGCUACUGCUCAAACUGUUGUGCAUGCGAAAAAGCUCAUACAGGCUUUCAACUUGCAGAUGAAAAAAAUUCAACGAAAUCAUAUUAAUUUCCUCUUAUUUAUUUGUAAAAAAUUGUUGAUUUUGUCUAUGAAAUUUUAUCUUUUCAUCGUGUUUGAUAUUUGAGAUAUUUGAUGAAAGAAGGUCGAUAAAUUUUUUAGGGAAAAGCAAGGCUUGAGCCAUUUCACAACUUCCAUCCCCAGAAUAGAAAAGUACGAAAAUAAUAAAAAAAAAAAUAGUGAAGAUAAUUAAUGUAGCUAGAUUAGGGAGAAAGUACAGGUAAUUAUAAGGUGAUUACUAUGGUGGUGGCACUUAUGGUAUUAAUUAGGAUUUAUGGGGCCCAAAUUGUAGAUUUCUCCAUUAUCUUCUUGUCACCAUUAUCAACUAAAUUAAAUUAUCUCGAGCAUGAAUUCCCGACAUAUUUCGGUGUCCAGAAAUUUUGAAACUUCUCGUUAUACAGGUGUCGGUGAUUUCGCAUGAAAUUUGGCUGCUGAAUAAAGUUGUGAAAUUGCAGAAAUUACAUUUCAUGAUUUUAUUAAAAUUUUUUCUGUGAAAAAAUCCAAUUAAUUAGAGUGGACAUUGACAGACCGAAUCACAUUUUUUUCUUUCCGAUUAAAUUCCCCUGUACAAAGACAUUUCUUCCAGUCGAUACUCCUAUAUUUCGUACAACGACAUUUACUCGGAAUGUAAAAAAACAAUGCAUUAAUCGAGAAUGAUUUUUUCGAGAUAGUGUUGAUGACAUGAUUAAUCAAUUUCAAAAAAUGUUCUGUUAAAAUUUAAGAACAUGAGUUUAUCAGUUGAAUCGAUCAAAACUAGUUAGUAAAGAUGGCCUAAUGGUUACUAAAGUCGUAAUUUAAGUUCAAAUAGAAAUGACAAAUGAGAAUUUAUGUAAAUAGAAUGAAUCAAGUGACAUUUCAAUUGUAAAGGAAAGUUUGUCGGCCUUCAAACAAAAACAAGAUAUGUCUUCAGCGUACAGUAUCGUAAUUCGCGCAAAAAAACGUGCUGAUACGAGUGUGCAAUCAAUUAUUAUGAUUAAAAGAAUGCUUCCGAGUCUUGAUAACGAAUUAAUGGAUUCAGUAGCAGAGAGGUGAACACGUACUAUUGGCAAUUGUCAAGUUAUUAGUGUGAAUUGCAGCUAUGCAAUUCUCCAUAGAAAAAGUAUUUUGACAUUUUCUCAAAGAAUUAAAUGUUUUUGCGAUAUGUCCAGUGUUAGUGAUUAAUUUUAUAAAUUGAUAAAAAAAUUAUAUUUAUGUCUUGGUCAUUCAUCACGUGAAUUAGUGGUUGGAAAAUGAAUUUUCGACAAAGAAUGUUUUAUAAUAUUAUUUCUCAGAAUUGUUAUCGAACGAAUAUCAAAUUUUGCUGGUAAUGGUAAAUUUUUUGAACUAAGAAGAUACAAUUGUUUCCAUUUAAUUUCUUUUCUUAUCUUACUGUGGAGUGAGUCCCGAAAAGAAUGUGGAAAAAUUAAUUGAGACUUUGGAAAACUAAAAAAUAAACCUAUUUAUUAGAAAAAUGCAAAAAAAAAUUGCUACUCGCCACUUUUCUACUGAAUCAAACGUAUGCAAUUGUACAAAUGAUGAUGCAUGUGAUUUUGUGAUGUAUCCCGUUGAUUCGGUGAUGAAGCAUGUCAAUGAAAGGCUUAAAAAUUUCGACAAGUGUCAAAGGAUUGUAAUUAAUGCCCCUGUGAUUAUUUUUGUCGUCCCCUUGUGUUGAUUAAAAUUGUAACAAAUAAACGUGAAAAUGUCUGGGUUUCUCCGGUGAGAUAACAACUGGAUGGAUAAAUGGGCAGGCCCCACCGUAUUUAAUCUAUUUAUGUAUAUCGCCGUUGACUGAAUAUAGAAAAUCGAGAGAGGGGAGACUGGGGCAAUACCAAUUUUCCAAUGCUCCGAAUUGAAUAAUAACAAGUGGUUUCAACAUUUUCAGGCCUGUGCUGUCUGACAUUCAUCAACAAUUAGCUUGAAAUACCGAAUUAUUUAGCACUCUGGAAAAUCGAUUUUGCCCCCAUUUUCCCCUGCAUUUAGAGUAGGCGUAUAGAAAAUCGAUUGAAUAUUAUAUACAUAGUAUGAUACAUUAUGAGAUGCAUAACUAUAAAGAUAUCAUUUCGUUGAUUCAUGAUUCAUCAUGUAUUAUAUAAAUAUUAUACAUGUUAAAGAUAACACAAAUGUCUCACCAGUUGGGCUCAACAUUCAAUUAUCACGGAUUGAUAAACAGGGAUGGCUAAUUAUUAAUUUUUCUUUUGAUUAGAUUGAUUGUGCGACUGAGUUUGAAAAGGUGAACUCGUUUAUUUAUUUUUUUUGGAUUUGAGGGGCGAAAUAUCGAAUGAUUUCUGAACAGGUGAGUGAUUCUCUCGAUUAGCAGUGGUUCUCAAAGGGAUCACCAAAGAACUUGUUUUGUGGAAAAUUAAGCUUUUCGCGGAAAAAAUUUGGUGGCAUUCCCUUCCAGAAUUAUGCAAUUACGAGAUAAUUGGAAAAUUCAUUAUGAAUCACUUCAAGAGUCUAUGUCGCUGAAAAUAUUUGUUGUCUCUUUAAGUAUCUCGAUCACCAAGGGUUUUAAAAGUAAAUGUCGAAAGAUUUUUUUCGGAGAAAAUGCAAUUUCCUGGGACAAAGAUCUUGUGACAUUUUCUUUCAGAAUCACCUUCUUCCGACAAUUAAUGAUUUCAAAAAAUUAAUUUAUUUUUUUUUUAUUUCAAAUACAAUUUUGGAAUAAAAUCACUUGAAAUUCGUCUCAAAAAUCAUUUCACCCUUUAAGUUCAAAAUUAACAACAACAAACUGAAUUCUUUCAUCCAGUCCUUCGUAUCAGACGUUAAAAUUUAGAAUAUGUUAGUUAAAUUACAUUUUUUUUCUACAUGAAUUUGUGUAACUAUUUAUUUAUGUAACUGUAAUCGAUCUCAUGAUUUCGGCAUUUUGACUUAUUCUCUUUGCAAAUCACUUCGAGUGUUUCCCUCAAUGUGAAGAGUCUGGAAGUGAAUUGCACAAAUUAUUUAUGAUGGCUUGGCAACUAUUGAAUAGAAGCAUCGAAUUGUAAAAUAAAUCAAAUAAAAAGGCAUCAAUAUUUAAUUAAAAAA